AUGGUGGAUCUCUUUGUGAACCACAUCCUGGUGAAGAACAAUAAGGACCGUGACGAGCUGGACACGGAACGUGAGAUCGUGCUGCGGCUGGAGAAUCGCAUCCUCAUGCUCUUCUUUGGAACCUGGGCCAGCGAACCGUGCCAGGAGUUUGCGCCCACCCUGAAGGACUUCUACAAGCAGCUGACGGACGAGUUCUACGUGGAGCGGGCGGCUCAGCUGGUGCUCAUCUUGGUCUCCCUUGACAACACGGAGGACGAGCUGGACAAGAUGCUCAAGGAGAUGCCCAAGCGCUGCCUGUUCCUGAGCUUCGAGGACCCCUACAGGAAAGUGCUUAGCGACAUGUUUGAGGUAGAGGACAUGCCUCGGGUGGUGGUGGUGCGUCCCGACUGCUCUGUGCUGCUCUCCAAUGCCGUGGAGGAGAUCUCCUCUCUGGGCACUGACUGCUACCGCAACUGGCUCGAGGCCUCCGAAAUCAUCGACCGCAACUUCGAGCUGCACGAGGAGUUUGACGAGAACAAGAAGCGCAGCUGGACAGACCCCUUCCGCCGAAUCAAGUACAAGGUGGAGGAUGAGGAGAAAAAGAAGAAGAAAAAAGAGAGGGAAAAGAAG